UUUCGGUGUUAAAAUUCAACUUCUUUUUGAGUCAUGAGUAAAUUAAUCAAAAUUAUUAAAAACAUCAAAAGCAAGCCAAUCUUCAAAAAAGAUGUCUUAAUAACUGGCAAAGUCGCUCUCAUUACAGGUGGAAAUUCUGGGAUUGGAAAAGAAACAGCAAUCGAUCUUGCAAAGCGUGGUGGAAAAAUAUACAUUGCAUGCCGCGACGUCAUCCGUAGUAAAGAUGAUUUAGAUGAAAUAAAAGAAAGAUCAAAGUCUGUAAAUGUGAAAUUAAUACAGUUAGAUCUUGCUUCAAUUCGAUCAAUUAGACAUUGCUCAAAAGAGUUUCACGAACGUGAGAGACAACUUAACAUUCUAGUAAAUAAUGCAGGCAUAAUGGCAUGUCCAAAAUCUUACACUGAAAAUGGCUUUGAGAUGCAAAUGGGAGUUAAUCAUUUGGGACAUUUCCUGCUUACAAACUUGUUAUUAGAUUUACUUAAAGCUAGUGCACCAAGCCGCAUCGUUGUUGUGUCUUCUUCAGCUCAUAAAUUUUCAGACAUGAAUCGCGAUGAUUUUAUGAGCGAUAAAUCAUACAAUAAACUUAAAGUCUAUGGACAAAGUAAACUUGCAAAUAAUUUGUUUGCACUUGAGCUUGCACGAAGACUUGAAGGAAGUAAUGUGACUGUUAAUAGUUGUCAUCCGGGUUUGGUUCAUUCAAAACUUGGAAGGCACAUGAAUGCUUGGUACAAACCACUUUACAGACUCAUUUUCAAGCCUUUCUACAAAACAGCAUAUGAAGGUGCUCAGACACAAAUUCGCUUAGCGGUGGAUCCAGAGCUUAAAGCUGUUACUGGGAAAUAUUUCGUUGAUUGCGAAGAAGCUGUUCCAUCAAGCGCAGCACAAAGCUACGAAACAGCAGCAUGGCUGUGGACUAAAAGUACUCAAAUGAUUUAUGAGAAAUUUAAAGACUUUGAUAAAUUGGAUAAAAGAAGUUGAAUGUACUCUAAUAAACUCAAACUUUCUCGUUUUAUUUUUAAUUUUUAAGUUAAAUAAAUUUCUUCAGUCAUAUCCACUUAAAUAAAUAUAAAAGUAAUUGCUAUAGAUUAUAAUCUUAAUAAUUUAUGAG